CGUUCAUGUGUAAUUUCAGCGUAAACUGGUGCCAGAAACAAGACUUCGCGGCUCUUAUGAGGGUUUUAGACACCGGGUCACGAGAAAGCGAGUUACGGGUUCCAGUUUUAGGAAAGCGGCGGAAAGGUCACGUGCAGAGCUCAACGUUAAUUUGACGGUUGCGGCGGAGCGCUCCUGACGAGAGGGACGGUUUUGAAGUUCGCUGGAAGCACGCGACACUCGGAUUACCAAAAAAAAAAGCGCAUUUUCUUCAACGGUUUUUGGGUGGACGAAAACAAAAUCCACACAUAAAGACAGCUCGCUUUUAACCGCUAAAUACCGCGCAGUAACUUUGAGGGUCAUCCCGCCACCUUUUGACUUCUUUCCAGACUCCGUGCAGAUAACGGCAGGCGAUGGUGAACAGCCGCGUGGAAACGGCCGCCGUUGCGGUAACGGGAGGCAGCGGCGGGGCAGUGCGCUCCUGUGCAGGCUGCGGAGGUCGGAUCUCAGAUCGCUUCCUGCUCUUCUCCAUGGAUCGGUACUGGCACACGCGCUGCCUCAAGUGCUCCUGCUGCCAGGCUCAGCUGGGAGAGAUCGGCAGCACCUGCUUCAGCAAAGGAGGAAUGAUCCUCUGCAAGAACGAUUACAUCAGGUUGUUUGGUCACAGCGGAGCUUGCAGUGCAUGUGGACAGUCUAUCCCUGCCAGUGAGAUGGUGAUGAGGGCCCAGGGUAACGUCUAUCAUCUAAAGUGUUUCACCUGUGCCACGUGUCGAAAUCGCUUGGUGCCUGGUGACCGAUUUCACUACGUCAACGGCACCAUCUUUUGUGAACACGACCGACCAGGUGGAGCUUUGCUCAGUAGUCACCUGACCCCCCUGCAGAGCAACACCCUCCUACCCGACCAAAAGGUGUGCUGAGAAAACAUGGAUUUAUAAUUUGCGGCGUGCCUUCUCUUCGUACUUUUCCUCACAUCUUCCCUUCAAUCUAUCAUUGUGAAUGUCCACCCACACCCAAGACUUCCGCUUUACUUUCGUGCAUCCAGCCACCUUAGAAGAAGAAUUCAGAACUACGUACUGUGUACUGUGGGUCACUCGUGAGACAAUCACCCCUGACGAGAGAAACCUAUUCAAAUUGAAGAAAUGUGAAAAUGAUCACUCGUAUGUGGUCCAUGUGGUUAUGGCUGGGAUGGUCUGACCCUAAAAGCCUUAGACUCUAUUACAGAGCAGCUCGUUAAAGCCGGGGUGAUUUUGUUCACUUUUGAGAAGUUUCUCAAGACGCUACCUGACAUUUUGGACUGCAUGGGUGUAUGGAUUAUGAGCGAUAUCACAAAAAAAACACCUAUAGAUCAAAUGACUGUUAAAACUUAGUUUUGUUUUCAUGGUGGUUGCCUUUUGCUUACAGGCCCUAUUCACUUUACGUGUAAUCUUUUUUGAAAACAUUGUCAUCUUUGGUGCCUAAAAACAUUUUUAUGUCCAGUUUUUUUCUCCUUUGUCAUUUACUUCUUAUUAGCAAGUAAAUAUAAACAUGCACAGUACAGACAGUGAAGAUGUAUUGUUUUGUCUACUCGAGUUUAUGAUGUAUGAAGUGCUCUUUUUGAAAGAGUCAUAGUCUCCAGAGGAAACAGCAUGUUUUUUUGGGGGGUUUUUUUUUCCAUGGUUUGGUAGAAUAAAUUAUAUGUCUGUAUGCAUAUUCUCUAAUAGAGACUGCUAUUCAGUGUCUGCCAAGACUUUUGGGAGAGUGAGGGAGAUGGAGAGUAAAAUUGUACAUAUUCCAUGUGCUGUUGUAUCGUGUUGAAUGGUUGACCUGUUUUCCUUUGUGUCCUCCGUUUAAACGGAGGAACGUUAAAAAAAUAAGAUAUCUGUAAAAGAAAAAAGUACUUAAUUAAAUAACUAUAAUCAUCACA